CCCUGCACACACCUCCAAAAAUGGCUGCUUUUGGACAGACAUUCCCCUUCUAUGCUGGCCCCAAGCCAACCUUCCCGAUGGACACCACCUUGGCCAUCAUCGUCACCAUCUUUCUGACUGCACUUGUCACUUUCAUCGUCAUCCUACCUGGCAUUCGGGGCAAAAUGAGGCUGUUCUGGCUGUUGCGGGUGGUGACCAGCUUAUUCAUCGGGGCUGUGAUCCUGGCUGUGAAUUUCAGUUCUGAGUGGUCUGUGGCCCAGGUCAGCACCAACACGUCAUACAAGGCCUUCAGUUCCCAGUGGAUCAGCGCUGACGUUGGGCUCCAGGUUGGGCUGGGAGGAGUCAACAUCACGCUCACAGGGACCCCAGUGCAGCAGUUGAAUGAGACCAUCAAUUACAAUGAGGAGUUCACCUGGCGCCUAGGGAAGAACUAUGCUGAGGAGUAUUCAAGAGCCCUGGAGAAGGGGCUGCCAGACCCUGUGCUCUACCUGGCUGAGAAGUUCACCCAGACCAGCCCAUGUGGCCUGCAUGACCAGUACCGCCUGGCAGGACACUACACCUCGGCCAUUCUGUGGGUGGCAUUCCUCUGCUGGCUGCUGGCCAACGUGAUGCUGUCCAUGCCUGUGCUGGUCUACGGUUGCUACAUGCUGCUUGCCACGGGCAUCUUCCAACUGUUGGGACUGCUCUUCUUCUCCAUGGCCACGUCACUCACCCCACCCUGUCCUCUGCGCCUGGGCACCGCUGCACUACACUUUCACCAUGGGCCUGCCUUCUGGAUCACUCUGACCACAGGAUUGCUUUGUGUGCUGCUGGGCCUGGCCAUGGUGGUGGCCCACAGGAUGCAGCCACACAGACUGAAGGCAUUCUUCAAUCUGAGUAUCGGGGAGGACCCUGGGCUGGAGUGGAAUCCUGAAGAAGGAGGACUCCUGAGUCCCCGAUACCAGUCCACAGCUGAGAGUUCUGAGCCCCAAGACAUUCCUCUGUCAGAGGCUUCCUCCCAGGCAUGCUAUAAGGAGGAGCACCCCAGAGUACCUGACCCUGCCCUAUAAGGUUCCCCUUCCUGGUGGCUACCCAGACUUCCAA